AUGGGCCCGAGGAGAGCGAGCCGCGGUGGGGCGGGGCUGAGGGCCCUCCCCGCGCGCAGCCCUGACACCCCGGCCCUCGCUCUCCCACUCACAGCUCGCGAGGCGGGCAGCGCAGUCGAGGCCGAGGACCUGGUCAGGAACAGCCUGGCGUGGGAGCCGCGUGCCAACGACACUCAGGAGGAGGCCGGCACGCCAGCGGCUGGGAAAGAUGAGACUUUGUGGACGGCGCCCGGCGGCGAGCCGGCCGCUGUGGGCCCUGGGGUCGGGCCAGAGGAGGUAGUGGAGGCAUCAGCUGCAGUGACCGGCACCGCCUGGUUGGAGGCUGACAGCCCAAGCACGGGCGGAGUGACCGCGGAGGCAGGCAGCGGGGAUGCCCAUGCCCUUCCAGCUACUCUCCAGGUUCCCAAUGAGGCCCUGGGGCAGUCAUCAGUGCCCCCCACUAUCCCUGAAGCUACUGAGGCCGACCGACCACCCUCCCCCACUCCUAGAAACAAGCUUAGCCCAGGCCCUGAACUCCCCAAGGAGAGCCCCUUGGAGGUUUGGCUGAACAUGGGAGGCAGCACACCUGACCCUCAAGGGCUAGAGCCCACCUACCCCUUUCAGGGCACAUCAGAGCCCCAACCGGCAUCAGAUAUAAUUGACAUCGACUACUUCGAAGGGUUGGAUGGUGAAGGUCGUGGCGCAGACCUGGGGAGCUUCCCAGGGUCACCAGGAACCUCGGAGAACCACCCUGAUACGGGGGGAGAGACCCCUUCCUGGAGCCUGCUUGACUUAUACGAUGACUUCACCCCCUUUGAUGAAUCUGAUUUCUACCCCACCACAUCCUUCUAUGAUGACUUGGAGGAAGAGGAGGAGGAGGAGGACGAUGCACUGGGAGGUGGAGACCUGCAAGAUGAAAAUGACCUUCUAGUGCCCACCGAGAAGCCUGGUCUGAGGCCCGGGACAGGCCAGCCCACCAGUCGAUGGCAUGCGGUCCCUCCACAGCAUACUCUGGAGAUGGUCCCAGGCAGCAAUAUCGCCCUCAGGCCCCACCCAGGAGAGCCGGGCAGGGACCUGGCCUCAAACGAAAACGGCACUGAAUGCCGCAGUGGCUUCGUGCGGCAUAACGGCUCCUGCCGGUCAGUGUGCGACCUCUUCCCAAGUUACUGUCACAAUGGCGGCCAGUGCUACUUGGUGGAGAACAUAGGGGCCUUCUGCAGGUGCAACACGCAGGACUACAUCUGGCACAAGGGGAUGCGCUGUGAGUCUAUCAUCACUGACUUCCAGGUGAUGUGUGUGGCCGUCGGCUCAGCUGCCCUUGUCCUACUCCUGCUCUUCAUGAUGACAGUGUUCUUUGCCAAGAAGCUCUAUCUGCUCAAGACAGAGAAUACCAAGCUGCGUAGAACCAACAAAUUCCGGACCCCAUCUGAGCUCCACAAUGAUAAUUUCUCCCUCUCCACCAUUGCCGAGGGCUCUCACCCAAAUGAUGAUCCUAGUGCUCCCCACAAAAUCCAGGAAGCUCUCAAGUCCUGCCUGAAAGAGGAGGAAUCAUUUAAUAUCCAGAACUCCAUGUCACCCAAACUUGAGGGUGGCAAGGGUGACCAGGCUGACUUGGAGGUGAACUGUCUUCAGAAUAACUUAACCUAAAGCAGAGCAAGAAGAGAGGAAAUAGGGGGUGGGGGCUGGGUGGAGGGAAGAAACAUUAUCUCCUCUUGUACAGAGCCUAUUUCUUGUAACCAUUUGUUAAACUCUUUUCUUUUUCUGACCUCAUGGCAUGCUUUGAUGUAUUUUGUACAGGAGGGAAAAAAACACUUAAAAUAAGCAAGAAACUGAACAGAAUUGCAUACACUGGAUUGUUUUGUCUGUGCUGUCUGUACAUUGCUUCUGUUGCUGUGAUUUCUAAACCUAUGUUGUUACUCAACUGACUUUUUUUUUUGUACUUUGACCCACCUUUUUUUGAAAUACCAGUAAAAAACAAAGUUCUUGAAAUAAAACUUUUUAAAAAG